AUGAAAACCUUCGAUGUCAUCAUCAUCGGCGCCGGUGUGGUCGGCUGUUCGAUUGCGCUGAGCCUGGCUCGCGCCGGCAUCAGAAGUCUUAACGUGGAUGCACUGCCCGCACCGGGUUACGGCUCCACCAGUUAUUCAUCCGCCAUCAUCCGCCCGUUCUACUCACACAUCACGGCUUGUGCCAUUGCCCAUGAAUCGCGAGCACGCUGGCAACACUGGUCCGAAUUUUUAGGUACAGCCGAUCCGCUGGGACUCGCUCGUUAUGAUGAGACUGGCGGUGUGAUACUUGUUGCCGAAGGCACAGAAUCCGACUACGCGGCAAAUAUUGACGCUUUGCAGGCGGUUGGCGUUGAGUAUCAUUGGUUAUCUGAACAAGAUCUGCAGCAAAAGUAUCCCAGCAUCCAGUUACAGAGCUUUGCGCCACCGCGGCGCAUCGAAGACGAUAACUUUGGCCAGAGCAAUGGUCAGAUGAUCAGAAAAGGCAUCUGGCUAGACGCCUGCGGCCACGUUAACGACCCACAACUGGCCACACACAAUCUGUAUCACGCGGCAGAGCGAGCGGGGGUUGAAUUCAGGUUUAACACCCGGGUCACUGAGAUCACUCAGUCCAACACAAGCACUGCAGGGGUUGUAUUGCACACGGGCGAAAAGAUCAGCGCGCCCAUUGUCAUCAACGCCGCUGGCCCACACUCAAAACACAUCAACCUUAUGGCGGGGAUCACCAACAUUGAGACCCGGGCGGAACGUCAUGAAGUUGCCUACCUGAAGUCACCUGGGUCCAACAUGAACCAGCAGGGUUUUCUGGUGGAUCUGGAUACCGGCAUUUACCAACGCGGUGAUGGUGCCGAUGUCCUUAUCGGUUCAGCAGACCCAACCUGUGACCCGGCUGACGUCGCAGAUCCGGAUAACUACAGCACCAGCUUAACAGGACAAUGGACACAGCAGGUGUACCGCGCGGCAUUAAGGUUCCCUGAUCUUGCCAUCGAAAACACCGCGCGGGGAACAGUUGGCUUGUACGAUGUAUCCAAAGAUUGGAUUCCGAUUUACGACCGCACCGACCUGCCCGGCUAUUUUGUAGCGAUUGGUACCAGUGGUAAUCAGUUUAAAAAUGCUCCGGUCAUCGGCGACAUAAUGACCCGGAUCAUCACUGCCGAAGACCCGGACAGUGUGUGGCUCACGCUGCCCAACGUACAGCGUGAGGUGGACUUAUCCUUCUACUCACGCCUGCGCGAACCACAAAACACAAAAAACGUCAUGGCCUGA